ACUACUGCCAGGCCCUGCAACCCAAACAGCCCGGGACCAUGCUGUCGCUCCGCUCCUUGCUUCCACACCUGGGACUGUUCCUGUGCCUGGCUCUGCACUUAUCCCCCUCCCUCUCUGCCAGUGAUAAUGGGUCCUGCGUGGUCCUUGAUAACAUCUACACCUCCGACAUCUUGGAAAUCAGCACUAUGGCUAACGUCUCUGGUGGGGAUGUAACCUAUACAGUGACGGUCCCCGUGAACGAUUCAGUCAGUGCCGUGAUCCUGAAAGCAGUGAAGGAGGACGACAGCCCAGUGGGCACCUGGAGUGGAACAUAUGAGAAGUGCAACGACAGCAGUGUCUACUAUAACUUGACAUCCCAAAGCCAGUCGGUCUUCCAGACAAACUGGACAGUUCCUACUUCCGAGGAUGUGACUAAAGUCAACCUGCAGGUCCUCAUCGUCGUCAAUCGCACAGCCUCAAAGUCAUCCGUGAAAAUGGAACAAGUACAACCCUCAGCCUCAACCCCUAUUCCUGAGAGUUCUGAGACCAGCCAGACCAUAAACACGACUCCAACUGUGAACACAGCCAAGACUACAGCCAAGGACACAGCCAACACCACAGCCGUGACCACAGCCAAUACCACAGCCAAUACCACAGCCGUGACCACAGCCAAGACCACAGCCAAAAGCCUGGCCAUCCGCACUCUCGGCAGCCCCCUGGCAGGUGCCCUCCAUAUCCUGCUUGUUUUUCUCAUUAGUAAACUCCUCUUCUAAAGAAAACUGGGGAAGCAGAUCUCCAACCUCCAGGUCAUCCUCCCGAGCUCAUUUCAGGCCAGUGCUUAAACAUACCCGAAUGAAGGUUUUAUGUCCUCAGUCCGCAGCUCCACCACCUUGGACCACAGACCUGCAACACUAGUGCACUUGAGGGAUACAAAUGCUUGCCUGGAUCUUUCAGGGCACAAAUUCCGCUUCUUGUAAAUACUUAGUCCAUCCAUCCUGCGUGUAACCUGAAGUUCUGACUCUCAGUUUAACCUGUUGACAGCCAAUCUGAACUUGUGUUUCUUGCCAAAGGUAUUCCCAUGAGCCUCCUGGGUGUGGGGGUGGGGAGGGAAUGAUCCUUCUUUACUUUCAAACUGAUUUCAGAUUUCUGGCCAAACCUACUCAGGUUGCAAAGGACUUAUGUGACUUAUGUGACUGUAGGAAAAAGAGAAAUGAGUGAUCAUCCUGUGGCUACUAGCAGAUUUCCACUGUGCCCAGACCAGUCGGUAGGUUUUGAAGGAAGUAUAUGAAAACUGUGCCUCAGAAGCCAAUGACAGGACACAUGACUUUUUUUUUCUAAGUCAAAUAAACAAUAUAUUGAACAAGAAUACCGAAAUGUGCUAAAUUGAAAGAUAACCCUUAAUGAGUGAUAAAAUACAAAGUGUUACCUAACUUUGUUUUUAGAACUAGGAAUAAAAGUGUGUGUGUGUGUGUGUGUGUGUGUGUGUGUGUGUGUGUGUGUGUGUUUUCAAGGACAGAUGCAAGGUUAAUUUAUCUCAGUUUUGUUUUGUCCAGUCAAAGCUGGUCAUUUCUUCCUUGAUGAUAAUUUAUACCAGGAAAUGGGCCAAAAAAGAAAAUGCUUGUAAUAUUUAUAGUACAACGUGAAACCAAAAAAAAAAAGUUAUUUCCAACAAUAAGCCUGUAAUAAGAAAUAAAAGUUUUCCUUUAAUAAUUCCUUUUCUAUACCGUCCAGGACCCAGGGGUGAGCACCACCCAGCUCAAUCAUUAAUCAAGAAAAUGUCCCUCUGCUUACAUUCUCUCCUCCCAGAUUACCCUGGCCUGUGUCACGCUGACAAAAGUCUGACCAGCUCACAGUGUGCAUAAGGUCC